AUGUCGUCCCAUAGCAACAGCAGCUCAUCUCCCCCACGAGUCCCUCCACACAUUCGCCUCAAUUCAGGUCAAGAAGACUUGGUCAAUACCGAUGCGAGCAAUUCCUCGAGGACUCUGGUCCCGACCACCUCGAGACCAGCUACGUCCCGGUCACAAUUAAACAAUGUCUACUCCUCAGACCAGAUUCAAGACUCGGCGGAGAGAUUAUUACCCCCGGCCACCGGUCGCUCAAACAGAUUCAGAGAUGAUGGUGGCUCACCCCUGAGGUCUCCCGUCCGGUCGAGUUAUUCUUCUCGCCGGUCAAGCUGGGAGUCGGAUCGGAGCAGGGACAGUCGAGGUUUUGAGAACCCGUUCCGAGACUCCAGCCAGUCAAGACCUGGCUCAAGAGCCGGUAUUGAUGACAACGACGUCAAUACCCAAACGGUGUCAGAAAAAUAUAACAUUCUGCCAUCUGCGGGACUUCUCCUAUUCCCAGAAGACGUGGAAAAGGACGAUUACCUCCAUAACCCUGAUCCCAAUGACAAGGAUCGGGAUUGUGAUAUAUUUAACAGGAGAGGCUUGGUCAACGUCGGCGGCCUUGCCCUGAUCACGAUAGGCAUAUUGGUCCUAUUUGUGGGAUAUCCUGUUUUGACAUUUGUUCAAAAAAUCACAGCGUCGCCAAACCCUUGUGCAGGCAGCAAUGCUUGUAUAGGAAAUGGCAAAGUUCCAUUACUAAAGAAUAUGCGCACCAGUCUUAUCGAUCCUGACACCCCCGACUCCGCCAUGACAAAGAAAGAUUAUCACGGCAAUACGUGGAAUCUGGUUUUUUCAGAUGAAUUCACCAAGCCAGGACGGACGUUCUACGACGGAGAUGACCCGUACUGGACUGCGGUGGACAUCUGGUACGGCGUGACCAGAGAUUUGGAAUGGUACGAUCCCGACGCGGCGACCACGAACGACGGUGUGUUGGAACUGCGCUUCGAUGCUUUUCAGAAUCACGGAUUGAAUUAUCGCUCUGGCAUGCUGCAGUCUUGGAAUCAGAUGUGUUUCAAGGGCGGCAGGUUGGAGGCCAGUAUCUCUCUCCCCGGACGCGGUGACACGGUCGGCUUCUGGCCCGGUUUUUGGUCCAUGGGUAACCUUGGAAGACCCGGUUACGCCGCAACAACCGAUGGUUUGUGGCCAUACUCGUACGCAGAUAUUUGUGACGCUGGCAUCACCGCAAACCAGAGCUCUCCUGAUGGCAUCAGCUACCUACCCGGCAUGAGGCUCCCAGCCUGCACAUGUUCUGGCGAGGACCAUCCGACUCCUGGCAAAUCCCGAUCUGCCCCGGAAAUUGAUGUGCUUGAAGCAAGCGUCGGCACCCUCGAUAACGAAGGCAAUCAGAUCGGCAUGGUCUCUCAGUCCUUCCAGGUGGCACCCUUCGACAUUUGGUAUCAGCCCAAUUACGACUUCGUCGAAGUCUUUGACUUCUCCGUCACGGCCAUGAACACAUACAAAGGUGGACCCUUCCAGCAAGCCGUUUCGGGCUUGUCAAAUCUGAACAACGCGUGGUAUGAUGGGAACGCUUAUCAAGUGUACGCCUUUGAAUACACCCCUGGUGCCGAGGGUGACAUUACUUGGUUUGUCGGUUCGGAACCAGUCUGGCGUAUGGAAGGUCAGGCAUUGGGUCCCAAUGGUAACGUUGGUCAAAGAAUCGUGCCCGAAGAGCCAAUGUCGGUCAUUGUCAAUUUUGGUAUGUCGCCCGGUUUCUCUGCUCUGAACUUGACCGGGUUAGCGCCUCUCAUGCCAGCGACCAUGCGAGUCGACUAUAUCCGCAUCUAUCAAGAUGAUGACGGCAAGAUGAGCUGUGAUCCUGAAGGAUAUGAGACGACGGAAUAUAUCAACAAUCAUUACGAGGUGUAUCACAACCCCAAUGUCACGAGCUGGUCCGAUACUGGCUACUCGUGGCCAAAGAACUCGCUGGUCUCCGGAUGUUAA